CGCCUUCGGGGCCGGGACGCGGCGUCUUCCGUCGCCCCGCUCCUUUCCUCCCCGGGGCUGAGGCCCGGUAGGCCGCCCUGUUUGCCCGGCGGGUCGUCCCAGCCGGAGCAGCCCUGUUUGACUAUGAGCCCCUUGAGGGAGCGAAACUGAUUGAAUGGAAGAGAAAUAUUCCUCCAGUCCUUGGCUGGGGGCCUUGGCCAUCUAACUGGGGCCUUUGGGUCUCUGAGCACCAGGCUUCCUGGCUGGAAGAAGAUGUUUGCAAAACUGAAAAAGAAGAUCGCUGAUGAGGCAGCUACUGCUCCCCGGCCCGGGGGGCCAGCCAGAAUGCCCAGAUCGAUCAGCAAAGAAUCCGUCACGUCGGCAGGAGCAGACUCGGGGGAUGAUUUUCCAUCUGAUGGAAGCAGCUCCCGAGAAGAUCUCUCGUCUCAGCUGUUUCGGAGAAACAAACAGAUACGGAAGCUGGAAGUCAAGCUGUCUGAUUAUGCUGAACGGGUCCGAAACCUGCAGAAAACCAAGGAGAAGCUUGAAAACGCAUUAGAGACACAUCAGGAUUCCUUCAUGAAGAAACUCCAGGAGCAGAACGAAACACACCAGACCAGCAUAGCCAAGAUGGCAGAAGGGAUGACCUUGGCCUUGGAGAAAAAAGACCAGGAAUGGCGGGAAAAACUGUCUCAUCUUGAAAAGGAGAGGAAAACCCUUUCAGCCCAGCUGCAAGAAAUGAGAGAGCAGAGUUUGAACCUGUUCCAGAAGAGGGAUGAGAUUGAUGAACUGGAAGGCUUUCAACAACAGGAGCUCGCAAAAGUCAAGCACAUGCUUCUGAAAAAGGAAGAGUCGCGGGCCCGGAUGGAGCGAGAGCUGGAAUCCUCCACCCAGGAGUUGCUGCAAACACGGGAGCAGUUGCAGGCCUCCCAGGCCUUGUCCUCGCGCCUGGGCAGAGAGGUUCAGGAGCUCCAGCAACAGCAGGUGGACCUGGAAAUGGAAAGGGAUGAGCUCAAAGGGGCCAGGGAGAGUGCAGAAAACAAGAUCACCACCUUGGAAGAAUGGAGCCAAGAGCUGCAAGCCUACAACCAGCUCCUGUCAGAAGAUCUGCAGAACACUCAGUGUGCCACCUCUAGUUUGGAAAAGCUCCUGGAGAUGCUGCAGGGAGAACAUGAAUCUCUGAAUCUGGAAUUUGAAGAGCAAAGGCAGAAGAUGGUUGCCCAAGUGGAGGAGAAGACCCAGCUCGUGGGCCAACUGCAAGAGAAAGUAGCCAUCUUGGAGAAGCGGCUAGAAGGCAGCCUCUCUGGGGACGAACAUUUUCGGGAGCUGUUCAGAGAGAAAAGUGCUUUAGAGCAGAGCCUGGAAGACACUCGGCAAGAGCUCCUGGCAGCCCAAACAGGUCACAAGGAGAGCAUAAGCCUCAUGGAGGCUCAGAUCAGUCAGCUGAACUGCAGGUUGGCCGCCGAAGAGGAAUCCAUCCGCAGCCUUCAGGAAAGCAGCUUGCAGCAACUGCAAGACUUGGAACGGGCCCUUCAGCUUGCCAAAGAGGUGGUGGCCAAGAGCCAAGAUGACCUCAAGGAUAAAGAAUCGCAGAUCCAAAAGUUGCAGGUGGAUCUGGAGUUGGAGAGCAUCAGAUCCCAGGAAGGCCUCUCCUCGGUGCGGUCCCAGUGGACGGAGCAAGUAAGGCAGCUGGAGGAACAGGUUGCUGCCCUUGAAGCGGCCCAGAACUUGGAAAGGGGGGCUGCCCUGCAGAACUCGAGCCAGCUGGAGAAAGAGAACACCAAACUUAAAGACCGGUGCAGAGAUUUAGAAGGUUCCGUAAGGCAACGAGAGUCUGAAUUGGAGAGGGUCAAGGCAGAACUGAGCAGCAACACAGAGAUCACCCAAGCCUUGGAGGAGACCCAGAAGCAGAGUGAGGCGCUGCGGCAACAGGUUGCAGAUCUGACCUUGUCGUUACAGGAGAAGGACCAACAGAUUGCGGGCACAACAGACAGUCUCCUGAAGCGGGAGGAAGAGGCAAAGUCCUUAAGGCAAGGUCAUGACCUGCUUCUGCUGCAGGUGCAUCAGCUGCAGUCGAGCCUCGAGUCAUGCCGGGGCCAGGCCGCGGAGAAGGAAGCAGCAAUGCAGGAGCGGCUGGAGGUUUUCCAGGCGCAGCUCCAGGAACAGCAAGAAUGCCUGCUGGCCAGCAAGAAGCAAGCUGCUGUGUUAGAACUAGCCUCUAUGGCCUUGGGAGACCACUUGCAUCUCUCUGAAGACGGGGAGGCUGAGCCCAAUGGAGAACUGGUUUCCUCAGACGUCAUCCAACUGCAGAAGGAGAACAGAGACCUGGAGCAGCAGAUUGCAGAAAAAAACAAGGUGAUAAAACAGUUGCAGCAGAGAAUGGCUGAGCUUAAAAAGACCUUGCAGAAAGAACUUAAAAUUCGACCUGAUGGUGAAAUCCCUGAAGUGCCCACAACUGCCUUGACUGUAACAAAUAACUCUGACCUGAGUGAUUCCCGGGAGAUAAACUUUGAGUAUCUCAAGCACGUGGUGCUAAAAUUUAUGUCCUGCCGGGAAUCAGAGGCCCUGCAUUUGAUCAAGGCUUUGUCUGUGUUGCUCAACUUCUCUCCGGAGGAAGAAAACAUGGUCAAGGAAACCUUGGAGUACAAGAUGUCCUGGUUUGGGUCAAAGCCGCUUCCCCAAGGCAGCAUCCGACCCUCCAUCUCAAAUCCGAGGAUGACGUGGUCCUGAAGCCGUGCCAGGACGUCCUGCUGCCUCGCCUCUGGUUGUUGGGUUUUGUGGGGUUUGUGUUUUUUUCCAUGAAAAGGUGCACCUGAGAACCGAGGUGGUCGGUUGCGGUGACCACAGUAUUUUGCGUACCGUGAACUUUGGGGGAAGACGUUUACGAAGCUGAUCUGUAAAAGGGGCCUCUUUUGCCCCAGCUUUGUGGAAUGAAAGGGUGAUGUUGGUAAUAGACUCAGGUGCCUUUUGGCUUCUGUGGGGACGAACAUCUCCAGCUACGUACAGGGUUAUGUGGGUGCUCAGCCCCUGCAUCGUUCCUGAUGACGUGCAGUCUUCUGGGGGUGGAAAGCAGCUUUGCCUUCCUAGACUGCUACAUUCUGCCGCCCCCCGCCCCCCAGCUUAUUAGCACUACAUCAUGAACGGUUGUCGAUACGCUCAAUCAAAGCUGGAGAUGGCGUGCUAGGUUUCCAGUGGGAACUAGCUCAACUUUCUACAGAGCGGGCCAGCUUUUAUUUUUCUUAAAGAAAAAAAAAAUGUUUUUAAAUGGGCUUUCACGGUGCUCUAGCUUUUAAAAACAGGUGUGUUUUCAAGGGGAAUGGUUUCGGCACCUGCUUUGCAAGCGGGAACCGGAAACCAUGCUCAGUUGGGCGUCACCCAAAUCAUAACCCCUUGACAGGUUUAUGCGUUACACGUGGUAGGAUCUGCUUGGUGGCGAGUGGCGAGGAGCGGUGGCAGGCUAAUUGUGGGGAACUCUCGUCCUUAGCAGGAAGAAAGCCUUUACAUAAACCCGCAUGGCUGUUUUUAACAGAUGGGCACAUUCACCACUAGUAGAACGGGCUCAUUAGAACGGCAGAACUAAGGACCUGUGUUUUUUUCCUGGAACCGAAAGGAAGCCAUGCCUUUAACUGCCGUGUUUUUACUAACCAGCGUGUUUAGAGAUGAUCUAAACGGGGCAGCAGGCAACUCUUUAAGACUGCCAGUUGCGGUUCUGUGCCACUACUUCCUGCACAUUGCUAAGCAACAGCAUCUUUACCAGCUAUCGUGCCAGAAAAAUUCAGCUAGAAACGGUCAUGCUGGUCACCUUGACGAAGAUUCAGAGCGAAA